AUGGCCCCCGACAAGAAGGACGAGGCACCCUCUCCGGACUCUGCCAUUCCAGACCCGCCUCCCAUCCACCCGUCAUUCAUUCAGGUGGCCAAGCCGUACAUCUUCGAACAGACCAUCCAAAAAUGUAUUGCUGCCAUGGGUGUCAAUCCUCUGCGCGAGGAAUCCCUUCGCCUGCAAGGCGUGACCUGGCUGGACAACAUCCGACGCGUUCUUUAUCUCCCCAUCCGCACCUUCAACACGGCCGUGGUGUACUACCACAAGUUCCGUCUCGUUCAUCCCGACAACGAGUACAACUAUAUGGAUGCCGCUGCGGCUGCUCUCUUCACGGCCUGCAAAAUUGAGGACACUUUGAAGCGGUCCCGCGAGAUUGUCUGCGCCGCGUACAACCUCAAGCUGCCUCCGCAGGAGCACAUGGCUGCCGACAAUCCAGUCUUCGAAGUGCACGCGAGAGGCAUCAUCGGUCUGGAAAGGCUGAUGCUGGAAGCGUCCGGCUUCGACUUCCGGACACGCCAUCCGCAAAAGACCCUAGUCAAACUCGCCCGGCAAUACGGGCUGACAUCGCAAUCAGAAGUCUCCAGCGUGGCGUAUCGCAUUGCCCAGGAUCUUUAUCGCACGUACGCGCCCGUCAAGCAGACGACGUCCACCAUGGCGUUUAGCUGCUUGGAACUGGCGGGUCGAUUGCUCGAUCGGCGCAUCGAGGCGGUGGAAAAGGGUGUCGACUAUGCGAAAUGGAAGACGAGUCGCGAAGAAGUGAUGGAAACCCUCCUUGACCUCCUAGAACUCUACACCCACAACCGCGCCCAGACAUCCGUCGGGCCUCAUUUCCCCGCAGACCGGUUUCUCACCGUCCGCAUUCCAUUGAACACCGAAGCCGAGUCCCGGAAACUUCCCCGUUACACCAACUGGGCCCGGGAGCCCCGCGAAAGCAAACCCGCAAACGGCGACAAAGCUGCCAAAGACCCCGUCAAGUUGCACCCCCUCACCCCCAUCGCCGCAAACGGGGACCGUCCCAAGGCCGCCGAAAAGGGCCGUGACGGUGCCGUGCGCUUCAUGCUGGACCCGGAGUGCGCCGAUGCCGAGAAGUCCCACGUAGCCGAGUACUUCAAAGUCGAGAUGGAAGAGUACGAAGUUGAGGAAUGA